AUGUCACCGGCUGGGCCAUCGGGAAUUGCUCGGCUGGGGGUCAUCCCAACCCCAAACAAUUUCGACCCCUCGGGCCCACUAAGAAAUCCGUCGUCUGGAUGCUCCGUCGUCAACAAUUCCAAGGGAAAAGACCAAAAAUCCCAAAGGGGGGAAGGCGGGGGGAAUACGGGAAGGGCUUUGCCAUUCCAACUCCAUGCGAGCGAUUUCGGCCCCUCCCUCAGGCCCAUUGAAAAGCCCCCCUUUCAGGGCCGCACGACUUUCGUCAUUAUUAGCGCCGGAACUGUAGCAGUCAGCUCGACGCCCCUCCCUCAGGUUGUUCCGAAGUAGGCGGGGGAUGUUCCGAAGCAGAGAAAAAACCAAACAACCCCGACCCCAAAAGCCCCCGGCGCCCCCCCCCGCGGUUGUCUUUCGUUUCAGCAUGGACGCGGAAAGGGCGCAUGGCCUGGAAACCCCUCCGCUGCCUGGGUGUUCCUAUUUUUUUGGCCAGCAAAUCCAUAAAAGAAAAAAGUCGAACAGCCGGCCAAGAAAAGGCGAACACGAAGCGCGGACAGACAAAAGCGAAAAGGCCGGCCAACCAUCUCAAACGGGGUAUGUAAGGGGAUCCCCAAGGCCCACUAAAAUAAUAGCCCCGCUUUGGGUCGCCGGGCGAGGUUUCCUCGGACGAUUGGGGGUCAUCCCAAUCUCAACCGAUUUCGACCCUUAGGGCCCACUAAAAAAUCCUCUUUCUGGAUUUUCGGUUUGACUGUUGAAACGGGACCCAAGAAAAAAGGCAACCACCCGGCCAGCCAUUUCAAAAGGGGAAAGGGGACCCCUUAGGCCUACUAAGCAGCCCCCUCUUGGGCCGCCGGGGUUUCCUCGGUUCGGGGUCAUCGCAACCCCAAUCGAUUUCGACCCCUGAGGCCCACUAAAAAACCCCCUUUCUGGGUGUUCGGUUUGCGACUGCUGAAACGGGGCCGAAGAAAAAUAAAAGACGAACACCCGGCCAGCCAUUUUAAACGGGGUAAGGGGGCCCCGAAGGCCCACUAAAAAGUCCCCUGUUGGGUCGCCGGGGUUUCCUCGGUUCGGGGUCAUCGCAACCCCAAUCGGUUUCGACCCCUAAGACCCACUAAAAAACCCCCUUUCUGGGUGUUCGGUUUGCGACUGCUGAAACGGGACCCAAGAAAAAAGGCGAACACCCGGCCAGCCAUUUUAAACGGGGUACGUAAGGGGGCCCCGAAGGCCCACUAAAAAGCCCCCUGUUGGGUCGUCGGGGUUUCCUCGGUUCGGGGUCAUCGCAAUCCCAAUCGAUUUCGACCCCUAAGGCCCACUAAAGAGCCCCCUUUCUGGGUGUUCGGUUUGCGACUGCUGAAACGGGACCCAAGAAAAACGGCGAACACCCGGCCAGCCAUUUCAAACGGGGUAAGGGGCCCCUAAGGCCCACUAAAAAGUCCCCUUUUGGGUCGUCGGGGUUUCCUCGGUUCGGGGUCAUCGCAACCCCAAUCGAUUUCGAUCCCGAAGGCCCACUAAAAAAUCCCCUUUCUGGGUGUUCCGUUUUCAAUAAUUCCGAGGAAAAGGGCCAGAAAUCCCAAAGGGGGGGGGAUAGCGGGAGGGAAUGCGGGGGGGGUUGGGGGGGGGUUGCCAUUCCAACCCCAUGCGAUUUCGACCCCUAAGGCCCUAUAUAAAAUCCCCUUUUCAACAGCAAAGAAUUGUCAUCAUUAUUAGAACUGUAA